AGAAACAAGCUGGGCAGCCCCAGGAGAGGAAUGACAGACGGCUGUUGUCACCAGACGCCUGACAAGGACCAGAGGGAGGCUGAGACGCCCGGCCCGAGGCCAGGCUGCAUCCAGGUCCCAGCAGCGCCUGCGGACACCCCCUGGCAAUGCCCAGGCCCUGAGCCACCGCAGCCCGCUGACGCCGUGCCCGGAAUGGCCUGCGCCGAGGUCCCCCAGCCGCCAGCCCCACGGCAGCCCCAGCCCGUCUCUGCAAAGGCCACCACCGCCACCGAGGCCUCGGGCCCUGCCGGGGACCACGGCACCUACGCGGAUGGCGACCUGGAGUGCCUGGUGUGCCGGGAGCCCUACAGCUACGUCCGGCCCCCCAAGCUGCUGGGCUGCCAGCACUCCUUCUGUGCCGUCUGCCUGAAGCUCCUGCUGUGCCUCCAGGACAACACCUGGUCCAUCGCCUGCCCGCUGUGCCGCAAGGCCACCGCGGUCCCCGGCGGCCUCAUCUGCAGCCUGCGCGACCACGAGGCCGUGGUGUGGCGGCUGGUCCGGCCGUGCCCGGAGGUGCGGCUCUGUCCUCAGGGACUGGCAGAUCCUGCCAGCGUGGCAGCAGGGUGCCCCAGCUCGGUGGGCGAGGACGGACAGGAUGCGGCAAGUGCCAACCGCGUGGCGGCCCGGCGCCUGGCAGCACACUUGCUCCUGCUGCUCGGGCUCAUCAUCCUCAUCCUGCCCUUCAUCUACCCGGGCAUCGUGCGGUGGGUGCUUGCCGUCGUUAUCUCCUUGGCCCUGCUAAUGUCCUCCCUCUUCUGCUGUCACCCCCGCAGCCAGGGCGGCUGCCGGCCGGCCCCCAGGACUCUCUUCUGCAGAGGACGGAAACACAGCGACAUCUCUUCCAUCGCCUGAGCGCGCUCCAAACAGAUGGUACCUGCUGCCUCUUGGGCCCCACUGGGCUCUCAGUGAACAGGGUAAGGGGCUAUGAACUAAGGCUGCUUCCCUCGGGGGAUUGCAUGCCAGCUGGACUUGCAAGCCGAAGCCGGGUGGCUGUGCUGGGUCAAGAACUACGUGCCUAGAUGACAGACACGUCUACCCAGGGCACAGCACGUCUACACCACUCGGGGUGGGGAGGGGCACAUAUGACUUGAACACCGCCAGCGGCCUCCUGUUCCUCCCAUUCUGAUGCCCCUGGGUUUUCUUUAUAUACUUUGAUGAACUUUUUGCAGAACAAAUAGAACCAAGACUCCUUUUUUUUGUAAUUUAUGUAGCCGGUUUUAUUUUCUUGCUUUGUUUUGGUUUGGUCUUCUGCGUUUGGGGCAGUUUGUUCAGAUUUGUAGCUGUUUGUUUUUCCUCCUGGAAGUCAGAGCCCACGGGAAGUCCUCCUGUGUGCUGCCCACCUGGUGCCCAUCCACCUCGACAAAGGUCCUGGCGGCUCGGGUGUCCCCCUGAGUCACCCCCAGGGACAGAAGGGGAGAAUUUGUGUAAAGGAGCAGUUCUGAGGCUGCAGGGGGUUCCACAUUUAGUUGGCAGAUUUGGGGAGGGAUGGAGAGGAUGUAGAGGGAAUUCCUCCCAGAAGCAGCACCAAUUGCCCAGCCGAUGUCAUUGACUUCACAGAGAAUCUCAGGGUUAUAAGGUCCCCCCGGCCCCUGCCCAAGAAGCAGGUCCCACUGCCUAUCAGAUGCACCGUCUCACACUAUGGAAUCAGCUCUUUACGGAUGUUGUUUUUCCUGCAUUAUUGCAUUUCAAUUCCCAUCUGAGCUUUUGUCGGAAAGAUAAGAGGCCCCAUAAAUGCAACAGUUCUUGACGAUAACUCCACCUUUCCUGCCUCGCCCUGACAGUCAUAGUUGUCUGAAAGAUAGCUCUGGAAUACAAAGGAGGCUUCCGCUGGAGGGAAUGACUUCCAUGGUUGCCAGGAUCGAGUCUUAGCCAAGACAGGAGCCCUGGGGGGUGCAAGGGAACAAAGGGUGGGAGAUGAUGCCUUGUUUCCUUUCAAAGGCCUCAUAAUUGGGAAGCAGACGUGAAACCUCAGUGAGGCUCACUGGGCAUGAUCUGUUGUCCUUCACUGCACCCACCUUUCCUCCUGGUGGGAUGACAGUGGUAGGUUGGAUGCUCAUUCAUGGCUAUUGUACCUCUGUUAGGGAGGGAGAAGAGACGUCUACUAUUGGAGCACAAAGGGCUGAUCCUGGCCCCAUGGGUACUUGUCCAGCAAGAUCCUUUGCCUCUUUGAGCUUUCUCUUCCCUGGAAUGAGUUACUUGGAUUGGAUUAUUCCUAAGACUCCUGAAGCCCAGAAACUGGGGGCACUGUUGGGCCCCUGAACAGUGGACAUGAGUCACAUCCCCUCUGAACUCACACAGAGAAAAUUCAAAACAUAAGGAUAUAUGCAACAAGCUGUUCUUCAAAUCUGGGUGCCUUCCUUUGUUUCUUAUAAAGGUAUUUCCAGGGAUCCCUGGGUGGCGCAGUGGUUUAGCGCCUGCCUUUGGCCCAGGGCGUGAUCCUGGAGACCCGGGAUCGAAUCCCACGUCGGGCUCCCGGUGCAUGGAGCCUGCUUCUCCCUCUGCCUGUG